AUGAUCCUCAGUCCUGGCCAGCCAGAGUCCGACCCGUCCUGGGGACAAAUGGACACGGUGACCCUUCUGGACACUUUCAAUGUGCAGUGUGGUUCCGUUCCAGCCGAACACGACGAUGGUAAUGGCAAGGCGCGCUCCGUGCACGUGCCCGCCCUCAGCAGGGAGGAGAAGAGGCAGAAGAGGCGCGCAACGGAUAAGUAUCGAUCUGCGCACGCCACCAGAGAGCGCGUCCGCGUCGUGGCCUUCAACGUGGCCUUUGCAGAACUGAGACAGCUGCUCCCAACGCUCCCACCAGACAAGAAGUUGUCCAAGAUUGAGAUCCUGCAACUCGCGAUUUGUUACAUCUCCUACCUUAACCACGUGCUGGAUGUUUAG